CUAUUGCGUGGUGACGUUUACGGAAGUGCUUACGGUGGUUUGGCGGCGGCGGCUCGUCCCAUUGCUCCUGAAGCUGAGCUAGCUGCAGACAGGAUGCCGUCUAUCGAAUACGACGACUCCAAGCCCAGCUGGGCCGACCAGGUGGAGGAGGAGGGAGAUGAAGGAACACUACCAUCACCCAAGGAAACCAUCAAAGGAAACAUCAAAACCAUCACAGAGUACAAAAUAGAUGAUGAUGGAAAGAAGUUCAAGAUUGUGCGGACCUUCAAGAUCGAGAACAGAAAAGCCUCUAAAGCUGUUGCCAGGCGAAAGAACUGGAAGAAAUUCGGCAACUCAGAGUUUGAUGCCCCGGGUCCUAACGUGGCCACUACCACUGUCAGUGAUGAUGUCUUCAUGACUUUCAUCUCCAGUAAAGAGGACCUAAAUGCUCAAGACCAGGACGAAGAUCCAAUGAACAAGCUGAAAGGACAGAAGAUCGUCUCUUGUCGUAUUUGUAAAGGCGACCAUUGGACCACCCGCUGUCCGUACAAGGACACCCUGGGCCCCAUGCAGAAGGAGCUGGCCGAACAGCUCGGCCUCUCCACUGGAGACAAAGAGAAGCCCGCCGGCGCUGCAGAACCAGAGCCUGCACAGCCAGCACAGAGCAAGACCGGGAAAUACGUUCCCCCAAGCCUGCGGGAUGGAGGCACCAGGAGAGGAGAGUCCAUGCAGCCUAACCGCAGAGCUGACGACAAUGCUACGAUCCGUGUUACCAACCUGUCUGAGGACACUCGUGAGACCGACCUGCAGGAGCUCUUCAGACCGUUUGGCUCCAUCUCCAGAAUCUAUCUGGCGAAGGACAAAAACACCGGACAGUCCAAGGGAUUUGCUUUCAUCAGUUUCCACCGCCGGGAGGACGCAGCCAGAGCCAUCGCAGGAGUGUCAGGAUUUGGAUAUGAUCAUCUUAUUCUCAAUGUUGAAUGGGCCAAGCCAUCAAACAACUGAGGAACUCAGCUCAAAAUCCCAGAAGAUGCCAGAUUUUAUUGAUGUGGUAAAAUAUGGCUGUUUCCUAAAUAAAGAGUGCCGUACAUU